AUGUUGACAUCUGACCCGGUUCUCUCUUCCAAAUCCGGUUUUGAAAGAUCCGUGUUUAUGUCUGAGCCGGUUCUCUCCUCCAAACCCGUCGUGUUGAUCUCUAAGCCGAUUGCUGUCACCUCUAAACCCGGUUUUCAGAAAUCUGAGUCGGCUCUCUCCUCCAAAUCCCAAUCCGUGUUGAAAUCUGACUCGGUUCUCUCUUCCAAACGAGGGUCAAUCUCUGAACCGAUUGCUGUCACCUCUAAGCCCGGUUUACAAGAACCGGUGAUGAUUUCUAAGUCGUCUCUCUCCUCCAAACCGGCCAUUUCUGAGCAAUUCAGGACCUCUAAAUCCGGUUUGCGGAAAAUGUCUUCUGGGCUGAAACCCGGUUCAGAUAUUUCAGAGAAGGACGAGAAAGGGGUAAUGAAGAAAGAGAGCUUGUCGGAAGUAGAAAAUGAGAGCGAAGUGGAGUGUUUGCUUCGAAGACGUGUUGAAGAAUUUAUUCGUAAAGUUAAUACUCAAUGGAAAUCAGAGAACAUUAAGACUGGUUCUCUCUUAUAUUAA